AUGGCUCGUGGGUACAGUGUAAGCCGUAGUAAAAGUCAGAGGCCGACAUUACGCCUAAAGCGAGAGCGCUCUGCAUCCAUUCACAAGCUCCGACAAGAGCUGCAGCAGCGUGGCGAUUCGAAAAUCGAUGGGGAGCCAAACAAGUGUCCGAAAAGGACGCACCCCGACAUCGCGGAUGCGAGCUUGAAGGAAGGAAAAGCGAAGUCCUCUACCCUUUCCACAUCACGCAGCCAAACGCUUCGUGUCCUUAAACAGCGGAAGGUGGAGGAUGGCGAGGAUGCAGAUCGCAUCCAGCGUCUACGUUCUGCAUCAGUUGUAUCUUCGCAGCUUCGAGCACGCCUUGCCGUUCUGGAGGCGGAUUUGGAGGAGGACAUGGAGGCGAGUGAGGAUGAGAGUGAAACCGUUUACAAGGCAGAGGUCAUGGCAAAGUACAGGGCCGCAGGACAGGUCGUGGACGAGGUACUCGACGUUGUCUCCCGGGUGUGCGUGGCGGGCGCCAACGUCAAGGAGCUGUGCGACCUCGGUGAUACCGAAAUCACUACUCGCCUCAAGGGACUCUUUACAAAGUCGAAGGACGAACGAGGAAAAAAAAUCGCCAAGGGUAUCUCUUACCCAACCAAUAUUUCUAUAGAUGAUGUCCUGUGCAAUUACUUGCCAUUUCGCUCUGAGGAAGCUGCGGUGCUGCGUGGCGCGCAGGUCGUGAAGAUCCACCUCGGUUGCCAUAUUGAUGGGUAUCCUGCCAGUGCAGCUCGGACGGUUGUGGUACCAUAUGACAGGGAGAUUUCCGCCAGAUCCUUAAACGAAGAGCAAGAAGAAAAGGAUAAUGAGGCUGUUAAAGCGCGAAUCCGGAAUAAUGCGGCAGUUGGCCACACAAAGGAAAGCCAUUCGUUGCUCAACCAUGCAGCAAGCCACGCUAUCGAGGCCGCCCGCGUAGCACUUCUCGGCCUUACCCAUUUACUCCGCCCUGGUACUCUUAAUGCCGACCUCACCGAUUUUAUUGCGAGCGUCGGUGGGCACUACGGCGUCGAGGCUGUCGAGGGGGUUUUGUCGAACCGAACAAAGCGCUGGGUGCUUGACGGCGUAGACUGCAUCAUCAACCGGCGCAUUGUUUCAACAACCCCACAGCAGGACGUGGCAGACUGCAAGGUUCAGCCUUAUCAGGUAUGGACACUGGAUGUUGCUUUUACCAAUAACAACACCUACCGCCUGACGCAAACUAUCGACAUGCCUUCGAUCUUCCGUCGGACUGCCGAAGACUUUCCAUGCGAUGCCCGCGUCAAACAUGCAAAUCAGGUAUUGAAGGAAAUCACCGAUAGCCACUUUUGUUUCCCCUUCCACUUCAAGUCUCUAUCAGAGCCUCUGAGGUCUAAAAUGGGGAUUAACGUGUUGGCCCGACAGGGUGCCGUCGACCCUUUUCCGUGUUUGCGAGCGAAAGGUGGGCGUUGCGUAACGGCGCGCUUUUCAGCGACGGUAGCGGUGACGAAAAAAAGAAUCACAGUGCUGUGUGGGUUGCCGCCGGCGCAAUCACCUCUUUCGAGCGAUUCAGCGUUACGCCCGAAGGAAAUGACCGAAGCGAUGAAGACGAUUCUUUUUUCGUCGAUGGUGCUUGCCCACGGCUUAGGUGAAACUAAUAGUACUCGUGAUGAUGUAGCGGAGAGUGAGGUUUGA